AUGACUUUCAAUUUUAUGCAUUUUGGGAAUUCAACAUGUGAGCAAAAAGUUCAUUCUCAUCUGCAUCCUCGAGUAAACGCCAAACAGUCAAAAGUGAAUGACCAAGAUAAUAUUAAAGACGAUGAAAAAGAAGAUGAUGACAACACUAACGAGGAUAACGACGAGGAUAACGACGAUGAUAAUGAAGACGGUGAUGAUGAGGAGGACAACAUCAAUAUAGAUAACAUGAAAUGUUUGGAGAAGGACGAGGAAGAAGAGGAAAAUGAAUGUUUGAAGGAUCAUAAAACAAGUACAUGGAUCACCACUCAUAAAGAUAAAGAAGGAUCAACUACAAUAUCUAGAAUAGAAGUUGAAGAAGAAAUGUCUGAGUUUGAAAGUGAGGAGACCAUUUUCAAACACGGAAUUGUUAAGCGUCCCAAAAAUCCUUACUUCGUGACAAGACUUAGAAUGAAAAGGCGGAAUCAAUUGCAUAUUCCAUCGGAUGUGUUGAGAGACUACGACAUUAAGCUUCCGUCGAAAGUGAUGUUGUUGGAUCAAGAAGGUAGGAGAAUUUACGUGAAGGUGGUGACAUGGAAAGACGGGAGGACAUGGCUCACCAGGGGAUGGAAGUCAUUUGUGAAGAUCAACAAUCUUAGUGACGAAGACAGAUGUAUUUGUGAGUUUGUCAUCAACAAUUGCGACGAACCUUCGACAGUUUAUAUUAACAUGAUUGUUCUUCCUGCUGGUUCAUGGUUAUCUAAAUAA